AUGAUGAUCAACGCUCAGAUUUUUGUUUAUUUUUUUCUUAUCUUGCAAUUUUUAAUAUUAUCCUUAAUUAAUGCAACAACAAUUCAUGAAAUUAAUGAAGCAAUAUUUCUCGAUCCACGUACACAAUCAGCACUAAUAUAUUGCCCAUUAGAUGCUACAUAUACUGCCGAUAUACAAUGGUACGAUGUGGUCAAUCGUCGUUAUGAAUUAGAACAUGGACGUUACUAUCGUAUUAAUGGUUCACAUCCAUUUGAUCGAGAAUUUAUUUGUUCAGCUGUCUCACAGCCAGGAAGUGAAACUUAUGAAAAGUAUCGAAUUAAAAUUCGUACAUAUGACCGUCCACUAAAUGUACGACAAGCUUUUAUUCGAAAUAUAACUAAUACCAGUAUAACUAUUGAUUGGGAAGACGAUAGUUAUAAUCAAAAUGCCAAUAUAUCCUAUUAUGAAUUAGUUUUAAAAUGUAAUAAUACAAUACAAUAUCGAACAUUAAUCAAUGGUUCAUUGGCAAGCUACACAUUUCCUUCGCUAUUUCCAAAUACAAUUUAUUCAAUUGACAUAUCAGCAGUCGACACAUGGAAACGUUAUAGUGGUAGUAUAACUAUCAAUGGUACAACAUUAUCAUCAACGAAUUCUAAUGAAUUUAAAAAGUCCUAUCAAUUCGUUGAUCAUAACUUAAUUGAUCAAUCAGUAUCAUGUUAUCGACUUGACAAUCAAUUGUUAUUAAUUGAAUUUAAUAAUUCACAAUUACUAUCCGUACAACGCAUUUAUAAUGUAACAAUUUAUGACUAUCAAGAUUAUGUAGCAUAUACAGAUAAUCAUUAUAAUCAACAAUAUUAUUUAACAACAAAAACAUUAAAUUCAUUUAUUUAUCGUUUAAAACGUAAAAGUUUAACGUUUAAAAUAAAAUUUAUUUUUUCAACAAAUCAAUUAGAAUAUGUUGAAACGAUCGUUAAAUAUUGUGAUGAUUUUUAUCCGAUCUAUUCGCCAUUAACUUGUUCAAUAAAAUCAACCGGCGUCAAUAAUCAUCAUUUAAUGAUACACAUGCAAUUAUAUAAUAAUGAUAAACAAAUUAAUUCGCUUAAGCCCUAUAAUGUUUUUUAUAAAACAAGUCGAACACAUUUUACUAAAAGGAAUAUUUAUGAUAUUCAAAAAUAUGUCAGUGUAAAUGUCAUUGAUGUAAAAGAUAAUUAUUCGGUUAUCGUGGAAAAUAAUCUCAUUGGUAGUAAUUCCAAUGAAAAAAUCAAUAUUUCAAUUCUAUGUCCAAUUACUCGAAUAGCAGCUAUCUCUCGAGUAAAUGCGAAGCGUGAAAAUCGAAUAUUAUUUGGUAUUGUCGCCGGUCUUGUUUUAUCGAUUAUUAGUCUUAUUGCAUUGGCAUUUUUUAUUGCCUAUCGAAAAGGAUUAAUGCCGGAUUGUCGUCGAAUGAUACUUCAUUAUGCAUAUUUAAUUCGUAAAAAGCAUCAUCCAAGAUCAAACCUUGUCCAAGCAAAUGGUUCUAUCGAUGGUAAUGCUAGUAAUGCAAAUAGUGUCAAUUAUUUCGAUGCGAAUUAUAAAGACUUUGACUCAACAUCAAUACCAAUCAAUCAAUUUACUGGUUAUGUAGGUCGAAUGCAUAAAGAUGGAGAUUUUGGUUUUGUUCGACUAUUCGAAGAUGUUUGUGAAGUAUCGAAAACUUAUACAUUUCCUGCUGAUGUUUCACAAUUGGAAUAUAAUAAAGCCAAGAAUCGUUAUACAAAUAUUUUAACAUAUGAUCAUUCACGUGUUAAAUUAUCAAGUGACGAUCGAGAUGGUCGAGGAAAUUAUAUUAAUGCGAAUUAUGUCGAUGGGCAUCAUAAAGCUAAUGCUUAUAUAGCAACACAAGGACCUAUGCCGAAUACAAUCAAUGAUUUUUGGAGAAUGAUAUGGGAAAAAGAUGUUAGUGUAUUAGUCAUGAUUACAAAUAUAAAAGAACGUGGACGAGUAAAAUGUGAUUUAUAUUGGCCACAAGAAGGUAGCGAAACUUAUGGUAAUAUUCAAGUCACAUUAGUUAGCACAAUUUCCUAUGCUUAUUAUGUGAAAAGAAUAUUUGCAAUUCGAUCGAAAAAUAAUAGAAAGCGUAUUGCUUUUGAACGUCUUGUUCAUCAUUUUCAUUAUACCGAUUGGCCUGAUCAUGGUGUACCAUUAUUUACAUUACCUGUUCUUUCAUUCAUCCGUCGUUCAUCAGCCUGUAAUCCUGAAACAGGUGGUCCUAUUGUUGUUCAUUGUUCAGCUGGUGUUGGUCGUACAGGAACAUAUAUUGUUGUUGAUACAAUGUUAAAAAAGAUUCGCGAACAACAUUCAUUAAAUAUUCCAUCGUUUUUAAAACAUAUUCGACAACAACGCAAUUUUCUUGUUCAAACCGAAGAACAAUUCAUAUUUAUCUAUGAUGUUCUUCUAGAAGCAAUUCAAUUAUUAAAUAUUGGUUAUAAUGAUUUAGAAUUAACAGAACAUAAUUUUGAUUAUAUUAUACAAAUGUUAGAUUAUUUUGAUAAAGAUUCAAAUUUAACACGUUUAGAUAAACAAUUUCAAUUAGUAACCUUGCAAAAUAAAGUCAAUGAUUUUCAAUUAUCAUUUGGGCAAAUGGAUGAAAAUUUAUCUAAAAAUCGUACACAAGCAAUUCUACCUUAUAACCCAUGUCGAGUGAUACUAUCGACUGAAAGAAAACAAUCCGAUGUUGAAUAUAUUAAUGGAACAUAUAUGCAUGGUUGUCAUCGUGUUGAUGAAUUUAUAGUUACUCAACAUCCUAUGAUGAACACGAUAACGGACUUUUGGCAAAUGAUUUGGAAUACAAAUGCAAGCAUCAUCGUUUCUCUAUAUGCUGAUGAAAAAUCUCAAGCUGAUGUACCUGAUUUUUGGCCAUUACCAAAUCAAAUAAUGGAUUGUGGAAGUUUUAGUGUUUCUUUAAUUGAUGAACGUUUCGAAUGUGAAUAUAUCCAUCGAGAUUUUUUACUUCAAUCAACUGAGGAGGAUUAUGAAUUACGGGUUAAAAUUGUUUCAAGUACCUAUUGGCCAGAUGCUUGUUCACCUCUGAAAGCAUCAUUUAAUCUUAUAAAUACAAUACGAAAAUUACGAAUGAACAUAAAAUCGAAUGGUCCAAUUGUUGUUCAUGAUCUGUUCGGUGGUCAUCGAGCUGCUACUUUUUGUGCUUUGUAUACAAUGACUGAACAAAUGGAACUUGAAGGUAUAUUGAACAUCUAUGAAUUAGCUAAACUCUAUCAUAUCAAACGUUCUGGCAUAUGGCGACAUAAUGGUGAUCUAUUCUUUCUGUAUCGUUGUGCGGAAGUGCUUUUUCGUGAAAUAAAAUUACCAACAGCCUAUAAUCAAAAUCAAUCCUCAAGUUAUCAUCGUCGCUAUUUACCUCAUCAAUAUAUCGCCUCUCAACGUGUUGAAGAACCUGUUUCUUUGGAAUCCUACACAUCUACAUCUAUUCAACCUAUACCUGCACCCUCAACAUCAGCUUUUGCUAAUGUUGCUCAAACUUUUAUGGAUUCAUUUUCUAAACGACGUCAAAAAUCACGUAGUUAUCGCUCACAAGCAUUGAAAAAAAUUCUUUUUCUGAAUAAUGAAUCACCACUUUAA